CAAGCACCCUACACACGCGCCACCAUUACUCGCUGGCACCCGGUGAUCGCCGAGUAAUACGGACGGGAAGAGAGAACUGUAUUUAAACAAUACAGUUCUCUCCCCUGUUGGCUCCUGCACACUGCUUUGUAUGGCUGUGCAUAGCAGAGCCAGUGGAAAGCACACACACAGCCCCAUAAAAAAACCACACACAGCACACAGUUAACCCUUUGAUCAACCCAGAUGUUAACCCCUUCCUGCCCAGUGCCAUUAGUACAGUGUCAGUGCUUUUUAUUAGCACUGAUCACUGUAUUGGCGUCAUUGAGGAUUUCAGUGACACCAACUCAGCUCCCCCCAGUUUCAGAAUGCCGGCCGCAGUCCCGCUAUAAAUCACUG